CUACAAAGAAUAUAAAUAAAUAAAAAACCAAUUAAAAUUACAACAAAAAUUCGUAAACAAAAACAAUUAUUAUUAAUCUAAUAAUAAAAAAGUAAAACGAAUGAUAAAUUUUAAAAAUUGCAACUAUCAUUUGCAAGUGUAAAAGAAAUCCCCUUUAAAAUGUCUUCGAAAGCCAUAAAUUAUAUGGGCAUGAGUAUAGUGGAGCCACAGGAAAGAAUGCGCUAUUUGGUCAACUAUGGAAACUUGAUAGAUGUGGAUCCUAAACAAUCUAUAAAUCGCUAUUAUCGUUCUGGCACUGAAAUGUUACGCAUGGCUCAAGUCUAUCUUGCCGAGGGUAAUCAUGAAAAUGCCUUCAUUUUGUAUAUGAAGUAUUUAACGCUGUUUGUGGAAAAGAUACGUACGCAUCCAGACUAUGCUAGCAUUAAGUCCGAAAUGAAAUUCAUUAAUAAACGUAUUAAAGAUGAAGUUAUGCCCACUUCGGAAAAGUUACGUGCCAAACUAUUGGAUCGUUAUCAACGAGAAUAUGAACAAUUUCUGGCGAAUAAAGAGGCCGAACGGGUUAGGGAAAUGGAACGUGAACGUCGUAUACGAGAAGCGGCUGCUAAUGAUUCAACAAAAACGGCUUCUUUAAUACCCGCCAAUUUACAUGUUCAAAUGGAUCCUAAUGUUCAGCCCACGGCACCCGAUAUGGGUUUACUGGAUCAAGUGGUGUAUCCCAAUGAUUUUCCCACCGGUGGACAUAAGUCAAAUUUACUCUUACCCUCGGAUAGUUUGGAUAAGGAGUAUAAACGAUCGAACCUUCCCUCAAAACCCUCUUUUGAUCGUUCCACAAAACCACAAUACGAUCGUUCAAAUUCCCUGCUGGAGGGUUCACUGCGCACCGUUGUCAUCCCACAAAAUACAAUGGAUGUAUUUCUGCAACUUGCCCAGGCGAAUACUAAUAAAAAUAUUGAAACUUGUGGCAUAUUGGCUGGUCACUUGGCCCAUGAUCGUUUGUAUAUAACACAUGUUAUAAUACCCAAACAACAGGGUACUCCAGACUCGUGCACUACCAUACAUGAAGAGGAAAUAUUUGAAGUGCAAGAUGAACAAAAUUUAAUAACACUGGGAUGGAUACAUACACAUCCCACGCAGACAUCGUUUUUAUCAUCAGUGGACUUACAUACCCAUUGUUCGUAUCAGAUAAUGAUGCCCGAAGCUAUUGCCAUUGUUUGUGCACCAAAAUAUCAAACUACCGGUUUCUUUAUACUUACCCCAACUUAUGGUCUGAAUUAUAUUGCUGAAUGUAGAAAAAGUGGAUUUCAUCCACAUCCCAAUGAUCCACCAUUGUUUAUGGAAGCCCAACAUAUUCAAAUGGAAGCAGAACAAAAGAUACGUGUAGUGGAUUUACGCAGAUAGUUUAAGGAAUUUUUUAUCUAAAAAGAGCAAAAUAAAAACGAAUUUAAGGGCUUAAUAAUUGAAAAAGAAUUUUUAAAGAAGGAAUCUGAUAUAACUAUAUAAACCAGACCCAGAAAACAAGUUCCAAAUCUAGAAAAAGAAUAUUCAAAAUUAUUAUUAUUGAUAAAAGAAAUUAAACAUACUAAAAAUUACUUAAACAACAUUUUUGGCUGCAUUAAAUGUAAAACUAAAUUAAAAACCCUAUAAUUUGUGUUUUGGCUAAAAAUAACCACUACAAACAAUUUUACUUUAAUAAAAUUAUGAAAAAAAAAGAAAAAGUGCUUUAAUAAACAAAAAUGUAUGAGAAAUGAAAGUAAACCUGCAUAAACAUGAUAAAACAAAAAAAAAUAAAAUAAUUGAUGAUAUAUAUGAUAUUUUUAGAAAAGUAUAUAUUUUUUCAACAGUUUUUUGAAAUAAAUUAAAAAAAAUUAUAUAUAAAAAUAAACUAAAUUAAAGAAAAGCUUAUAAUACAUUUUAGUUUAAAGGUUAAAUUAACACUAACUUGGCAUUUUAAUUGCAUUGUUAUUAAUUUUAGUUAUUUAUCUUUAAUUUGUUUUUUAGUCUUUUUGAAAGCAUUUUUUAUUAUUGUUAUUUAUAUAUUAAUAAAACAUUUUUAUGUUUGGCAAUAUAUUCAAUUUACUAUAUAGUUUAUUUAUUACAUAUAUUUUUAAAAAAGUCAUUGUUAUAUUAAAAAUUAAAACUAAUUUAUUAACUUUAUUAAAGCCACAAGAAAACUACUACACUUU